UCCAUGAAUGUUGAAGACUCAACUCUUGGAUUUUGAUAAGGCCUAAGGGUAGUAGCAGAGCGGAAGAAAAAAAGAAGAUCAGACAGAGAGACAGAAGCCCGUCUUUUGUUCUUGUAGCUUUCUUUACAGGACAACCCUGGCGGCUCAGGGGGUAGAAGAAGACCAGGAUUUGGCAGAAGAGAAGAGUGAGAGAGCUUCUAAUCGUCUUCGAUCUAUCUGCACCCUAUCCAAAACCCCAACACCGGAACAUCUCGCAACUUUUUUCAUUCCCAUCCCACUGACUUUGUGGUGGUCGCGUUUCCUGGUGCAGUUAAGAGAUAUCUGUAAAUUUGUUCUUCUGGAGACCACGUAAAUGGAUCCCAUGGCUGAAGAGCAAUUGGACUACGGGGAUGAAGAGUAUGGAGGAGGUCAGAAGAUCCAGUAUCAGGGUGGUGGAGCAAUCCCUGCACUUGCAGAAGAGGAGAUGAUGGGGGAAGACGAUGAAUACGAUGAUCUCUAUAACGAUGUGAACGUUGGUGAUGGUUUCCUCAAACURCMGCGCCCUGAGGCAAUAGUCCCGUUAGGUGGUAUUGGGAAUGGUGGAAUACAAGCUCAAAAGACUGACGGUGCUGGAUCAAGGGUUCCCGAACCUGGUGGAUCACAAGAGGUAAGCAUCCCAGGAGUUGGUUUGGAAGGGAAGGGUUCCAAUAUGGUAACUGGUUUUUCUGAGCAGAAAAAAGGAGGCUUCUCUGCUGGUAAYGGAUUGGAAGAGGGAACUGGUGAUUACCCAGAUGGAGUWUCACAGAAGGGGAGGCCUUUGGAGAUGGGUCCUAAUGCUCAAGGAGGAAAUUUGGGGUUUCGAGGAUCAGCACCUAUUCCCCCGAAAGUUGGGGCUGAUCCUAGUUCAGAUCCUUCUGUUUGUUUAUAUUGA